AUGAUGAAGCUCUUCUCGCAGCUAACGCUCAUCCUUCUGAUCUACGAUGCACCUUUUGGAGUCAGCAGCCAGAUUCCUUAUGGAAAUGCUGAUAUUAAGCUCGGCGAUGAACCCAACUAUCUCAAGAAAAUCCCCGAUCUCGGCAACUGGGGACAUUUUGGAAGCCAAGAUUUUCCUUAUGGAAUUGAUGCUGAUGUAACGCCUGAUAAUGAUAUUAUGCUUGAUAGACCCAACUAUUCCGAGGAGAAAAUCCUCGACCUCGGCAACGGAGGACAUUUUGGAGAGGGGAGUGCGACGACCGGCGCAUCUACGACUAAUGCAGUGCCUGGACCAACUCAAAACGAAGCCGAACUUGCGAAUACAGGCGGUUUGAAUGAAGGAACAUCGAAAAGCGCUCCAACUCCAACGACCACCAAAAGCAGAGGACCACCGACGACGACAACUACACGGAAGGAGAACCGCGUCACUCAAGGAAAUGGUUCAACCACUGGUACAUCAAGAAAGGCCUCAAUUACAACAACUGCAAGAGCAAAAAAUCCAGAAGAAUGGAAACUGCGACAAGGAAAUGAAGAUCUUUCUAAGCGCUUUCUUCCCUUUAUUACUACUGAUGCCGGUUUCUCGGAAGGAGAUAGCUCAAGUAGUGGUACCGUUCAAUUGCAAUUGUUCAAAGUAGAAACAUCUCGCAAAACCUCAACCAUAAUGCCUGCUAAAGAAAGAGAUCCACGACGAACUUUAUCUAUUGAAACAAGUGACAGUCUCAUUCCUUCAGGAGAUAGCUCAAAAGGUCAUGCCGGUUAUUCCGUCAAAGGAACAUUACGAACGACCUCAACUAAAAUAACUACCAGAGAAAAAAGAACAGGGUCACUGCUACCCAAUAGGGAUGGUAGCGUAUUCAUCCUAGAAGAUAACUCAAGGAGUGAUGCCGGCUUAUUCACAAAAGGAGUAUCACGAAAGACCUCAACCGAAAUAACUAUUGUAAGAAGAGGAUUAAAACAAAAUUCAACUACUAAAACGACUGACAGCCUUGUCCGAGGAGAAAGCUUGAGGAGUGGUACCGUACCCACCAAGGCAACUGGCAAAGAAAGGAAACCACGAAAUUUAUCUACUGAAACGAAUGACAAUCUCAUUCCUUCAGGAGAUAGCUUAAAAGGUGAUGCCGGUUUCUCCACCGAAGGAGCAUCACGAACGACCUCAGCUAGAAUAACUAUCAAAGAAAAUGGACCAGGACCAUACCCAUUUACUACAAAGAAUGGUAGCCUACCUGUUUCAGAAAAUAGCUCAAGUAUUGAUGCCGGUUUAUUCAAGAAAGGAACAUCACGAACGACCUCAGCUAGAAUAACUGUCAAAGAAAAUGGACUAGGACCAUACCCAUCUACUACAAAGAAUGGUACCCUACCUGUUCCAGAAAAUAGCUCAAGUAUUGAUUCCGGUUUAUUCAAGAAAGAAGUAAAAUUGUCUAAAGCAGGAACAUCACAAAAAACUUCAACUAUAACUAUAACAACUGCUAAAGGAAAGAAACCAGAACCAGUUACUAAAACGAAUGACAGUCUCAUUGCUCCAGGAGAUAGCUUAGUGGAUGAUGCCGGUUUCUUCAAAGGAACAUCACGAAUGACCUCAACCAAAAUAACUUCCAAAGAAAAUCGACCAGGGCCAUUCCUACCCAAUAUGGAUGGUAGCGUACUGGUUCUAGAAGAUAGCUCGAGCACUGAUGCCGGUUUAUUCGCGAAAGGAAGAGGAGUGGGAGAUAGCUUAAGUAGUGGUACCGGUUUACCCACAAGAGGUAUCUUUUCUUGGGCAAUCUCUUUAGAAGUGAAAUUGUUCAAAGCAGAAACAUCACGAAAAACCUCAACUACAACAACUGCCAAAGGAAAGGAACCAGAACGAAAAACCCCUACUAAAACGAAUGACGAUUUCACUCCUCCAGGAGAUAGCCCAAAUAGUGAUGCCAGUUUCUCAGUCAAAGGAACAUCACGAACGACCUCAGCUAGAAUAAUCAGUAGAGGAAACCAACCAGGACCACGCCUACCUACUGCGAAGGAUGGUAGCGUAUUUGUACAAGAUAGUUCGAGUACCGAUGCCUUAUAUACGAAAGGAACAUUACGAAUGACCUCAACUAAAAUAACCACUCAAGAGAAAGGAGCAGGUGCAUUGCUAUAUACUACAGUGAAUGGUAGUCAAGUUUCUCCAAAAUAUAGUUCAGGUACUGAUGCCGGUUCAUACUCGAAAGGAGCAUCAGGAAUGACCACAACUAAGUCAACUACCAGAGCUAGUGGACCUCAGCAAAAGCCAUUUGAUACGAAGAAUGGUAGCUUAGUUGUUCCGGAAGAUAGUCCAAGUACGAAUGCCGGUUUCGUCACCGAAGACGCUAACGGCUCGUUCGGAAACACUAGUUUCAAAGCGUCGACAAAGGCGAAGGACACGAAGGUUAGCCAUGAGGCAGCAAACGACAGAACACCGCGAACGAUAGGAUCUAAGCAACCAGGGACUACUAUUUCAGGAGGAAACGGCUAUGAGAAGGAUGGUCCUGCAAGCAAAGAUGCGGACAGUGCAGAGAAGCACACUAGCAAGCACUAUCUUACAGAAGAUCAAGUUUCAACGAAGCAUAUACGAGCUUCGUCAAAAGCCCCAGCUAGUAACGACAACAGUGGGACAUCGAGAGUCCGAUCUGGGACGUCGUCUAGGCAGCCAAAUGGUGGAAGCCCUCUCAAUGAAGGACUGGGAACUAAGGAGGACACGACGGGUUUCAGCGUAAGAGAAUUCGCUGAUAGCAGUCCUGGCACAGUUGCCAACAUUACUGGCAAGAAUGUGGAUCGCAAUGAGUCUGCUGUUAAUGAAGAUGGCACUUUUUCUGUGUUCGUAACCUCCAUAACAGAAGGUACUCAUGUUUCCGGCAGUGAAGAGCAGUCGAAGCAGAACAUGACCAGGGGACAGAACAACACUAGUAGAAAUGUUAGCAGUUUUACUGAUUCAUCCAUUUUGGUACCAUCUGUCACUCUGGGUGCCGGCAACAGCAACCAAAGCGAGGCCUAUACCACAGUAGAUCCGAGAGACGAACAGUUAGUCUUCGAUGAGCGGAACGACCAGAAUCUGGGUACCACCCGUUCGACUCCUUCGUCUAGAAGAAACGACACUUUGCAGAGCAUUUCGCCGAAAGCGAAACACGGUGGAGCUACACUUGCGCCGAUUAGUACCAUGGAACCACAAAAGCUCAACAUUACAUUCUCUGAAUUCACUGACAGCACCAAAAGUGUCAACACCCUCGAGGCAGAAUAUGUGCAUAUUCCUACAAUCAGACAUAAUGGGACCGACAGGAAUGAUUCACGUCAAGCGGUUGAUAUGGUAGAGGACUACAGUUCGAUUACAACGGUCAUUCCAGAGGCUGAAAGUUUGAAAAUGCGUACCUCACACAGCACAAGAAGCAGAUUUGAUUCCACUGUUUCUACCGAGAAAAGAUUAACAAAUUAUACGCAUUACACUUCAACUAUGGUAUCAAAUAAUGUCACUACAGGAACAAUUUCUGUAAUCAAAAACCUCACCAAGCCAACCGAAAAGUGGAAUCAGACGCAAUGGACAACAGUACAGGCAGGUGGGAUUUCACGACCAUAUAAUGGAAGCACUGGAGUGGAGGCUACCGACGAUAAAAACAUUACUUCUGUGGUAAACGUUACGAGUGCGCCUAAACUUUGGACAAGCGCAUUCUCAGAUCCUACGAGUGCAAAUGUGUCUGUGCAAGAGAAGCUUAACAUUUCCUCCUCGAAGGAAACCGAUACAUCAUCUUCCUCUACUCAUGUUUCUGCGCUCCGCACUGUCUCCGCUCGAGAGACCACUUCAGUGUCCAAAAUUUUGUCUAGCACUACAUCCAAAGCAGUCACAGAUGGAAGAGAGAGUAUGACCAACACUCUAGUGACUGCGAACAAGACCGCCGGUAAUGGUACAGUUGUAACCCAAGCUGUUGCUUUUACCACGGCUGAAUUCGGCAACGCAAGUGUUUACCAGAACGAAACUAAUUCUGGAAAUGGAUCGGCCACGGAGGGUGGAACAUCAACUCGUAUGCCUAAUUCUGCAGCUCCUUCUACAGAUGCUACUUUCAUUCCUCAGCCCACUUUGAACUCCAGUCUCAGUCCUGGAGCUUUGACCACAGUUUGGGGAGCGAAUAGCACUGCCGGCAAAACAACCAGUGCAGCAAGUGAUGUGAUGGUUAAGAUUAACGAGACUUCCGAAAGUCUACCGAAUGGUACGGUAGUGAUCAAGCAGUUGUACGUCUAUCCAAAUGGCACUUUUGUCUAUAAAACCAUCUAUGAUACAGCAGUUACCUGUCCCCAAAUAGUAGUGGACACCUCGAAUACGAUUUCGCCACUCCCCGACUCCCCGGAAUUAUCUGGACGUCAGGCCGUGGGCACCACGGUUAUUCACAUGUGUGCCCCUUCAUAUGUGUUUGCUGUCACUCAACAACCACUGAAGAUCUACGAGUGUAUGGCUAACGGUCACUGGACAAGUAACAACAAUGGUGAAAAAUGCAAAUAUAUUCAACCUCGCACGAAGAAUAUUGCUGAUCUGUAG